AUGUUUCAACCACCGAUUGCCGUGUUGAAUAAGGGAAACGCUGCUGCUCGCAGAGAAGCGUCCGUGCCAGUGGACUUGAAUGCGCCUGAUAUCAUCUACACUGCCGAAGAUGACCAGGCGAUCAAUCAAUUCUACCGCGACAUCAAUAUGUCCAUCUCACCGUUGAAGGUUGGCACGAAAACGUAUUCGACGGCGCUUCUUAUUGGAGAGCGGGCUGCGAUGGUCAUUGCUGAAGACUUGGGUAUCAAUUGCAUUUGA